ACGCAAAGUCAUGUGAUGGCACGUGACGUCACAACAAAUUUUACACUACUGGUGCCGUAUCAAAGUGAUUUUUCUUCGUACUCGCAACGACGUCGCAGGCCAAAAUUUUGCGUGUGUGUCGCUCAGUAUUAUUUGAAACGGAAAAAUUCUCGAAAUUUGCUGUGCAAUUUUCUAGGUAGAGGCAAAAGCGCGUAUAGAAAGAAAAUUCAUUCCGCAAAAUGAACGCCCAACAAGCCCAACGGGAACAUGUCCUUGCCGUUUCUCGGGAUUUUAUCUCGCAGCCACGCUUAACCUACAAGACGGUUUCGGGUGUGAACGGCCCUCUGGUCAUCCUCGAUGAGGUCAAGUUCCCCAAGUUCGCUGAGAUCGUCCAGCUGCGUUUGGCCGAUGGAACCGUCCGUUCUGGUCAAGUGCUCGAGGUGAGCGGCUCCAAGGCCGUUGUCCAGGUGUUCGAGGGCACCUCGGGCAUCGAUGCGAAAAACACGCUCUGCGAGUUCACCGGCGAUAUUCUGCGUACACCUGUAUCCGAGGAUAUGUUGGGCCGUGUGUUCAACGGAUCCGGCAAGCCCAUCGACAAGGGUCCCCCAAUUUUGGCUGAGGAUUUCUUGGACAUCCAGGGUCAACCCAUCAAUCCCUGGUCUCGUAUCUAUCCCGAGGAAAUGAUCCAGACUGGUAUCUCGGCUAUCGAUGUGAUGAACUCGAUUGCCCGUGGCCAAAAGAUUCCCAUCUUCUCGGCUGCCGGUCUGCCACACAAUGAAAUUGCUGCCCAGAUCUGUCGUCAAGCCGGUCUGGUCAAGUUGCCAGGCAAGUCGGUGUUGGACGAUCACACCGAUAACUUCGCCAUUGUGUUCGCUGCUAUGGGUGUGAACAUGGAAACUGCGCGUUUCUUCAAGCAAGAUUUCGAGGAGAACGGUUCCAUGGAGAACGUGUGCCUGUUCUUGAACCUGGCUAACGAUCCAACCAUUGAGCGUAUCAUUACACCACGUCUGGCUUUGACCGCUGCCGAAUUCUUGGCCUACCAGUGCGAGAAGCACGUGCUUGUCAUCCUCACUGACAUGUCUUCCUAUGCUGAGGCUUUGCGUGAGGUGUCUGCUGCCCGUGAGGAAGUGCCCGGCCGUCGUGGUUUCCCCGGUUACAUGUACACCGAUUUGGCCACCAUUUACGAGCGUGCUGGUCGUGUCGAGGGUCGCAACGGUUCCAUCACUCAGAUUCCAAUUCUGACUAUGCCUAACGAUGAUAUUACCCAUCCAAUUCCCGAUUUGACUGGUUAUAUUACUGAGGGCCAGAUCUACGUUGAUCGUCAGCUGCACAACAGACAGAUCUAUCCCCCAGUCAACGUGUUGCCAUCGCUGUCUCGUCUGAUGAAGUCUGCCAUUGGUGAGGGCAUGACCCGCAAGGAUCACUCUGAUGUGUCCAACCAGCUGUACGCUUGCUAUGCCAUCGGUAAGGAUGUGCAGGCCAUGAAGGCUGUGGUCGGUGAGGAGGCUCUUACGCCCGAUGAUUUGCUGUACUUGGAGUUCUUGACCAAGUUCGAGAAGAACUUCAUCUCUCAGGGCAACUACGAGAACCGCACUGUCUUCGAAUCCUUGGACAUUGGCUGGCAAUUGCUGCGUAUCUUCCCCAAGGAGAUGCUUAAGCGUAUCCCAGCUUCCAUUUUGGCUGAAUUCUACCCUAGGGACUCGCGCCAUUAGAUUCUGUUUAAAAUUGUUUUGUUUUUGAUUUAUGUCCAAAAUUUUGUUUCAUUCAUAAUUUAAGCUGGCAGCGCAACGUGCGACGCUCCUUCUUCUGCAAUAAUCCGUUGUGUAUACACAACGAGAUAUAUAUAUACAUAUAUACAUGAAUAUAUAUAUAUACACGUAAACUACAAUACAUACCCACACAAAAAAAGAAAGAUAUUAAUAAUAUCUGCGUUUACAAGUUACAAUUUUUGAUUUGAUUUGAAUACUUAAAAGAUUUUUGUGUAUACUUAAAAAAGAGCCGAAGCGCAGCCUAAACAAUAACUAGUUAAAUAUUAUCGUAUCAUCAAUUGAGUGGAAACUAUUUUAAUGUGUGUGUUUUUUUAGUAAUCACAAAUAAUCAACUAUGCUAAAAUGUACAUAAAUUUAACUAAUUGUUCUCAGCACACAAAGCAAAAACAAACACAUAAACAUGAUCCUUUCAAUUAAUUUCUGUUGCCGAACCGAACCGUCGAUCAUUUGUUAAAGUUCACAAUAAUUUUUGCUAGGUUUUAAGUGUGUGUGUGUUCUUUGAAUUGAAUUGUAUUGAUUAAUAUUUCGCGUUUUCGAUUGUACACAUAUGUUUCUUUUUCGCAUACAGAAUCGUAGCAUUCCAAACCCCCAAAUUAAAUAUUCAAUUAUUUGUUUGCGUUA